UCCUGAUAUCACUCCGCCGGCAUGGUGGAGAAGCGGACUUGAUUAUUGUGAUGGUGGCUGGUGGCAGCAAGUGACGAGCGACGAGUCCCGUAUCACCGGAGACCCGAUCCACGGCUUCCGAUUCAAGCGUUGUCCUGUACUCCGUAACAAGACUACCGAGGACGCGUGCGUGCGUAAUAUCGCUCCAAACCUCUUCGCUUUGGAUUUUGUGCUCCCGGACCAAUGAGAUGCAAGUUCACAGAGAAAGUCGGGAGCCCGUUCGCUUCAAGCUGCAAAACUUUUUCUCAAAGGACAACACGAUUAAACGGCGAGCCAGCAGCAGCUGUACGGUGGAAGGGUUUGUGCGUAAAUUAAUGGUUAUUACGCAAGGGUAGCCUGCCGAUCCCGGUGACUAUUUAAAAGGAUGUUUUAGAUACCAGGGCUGCGGUGUUUACAAGAUUUUAGUUGCAAAAAAACGCGAGCAUCACGUUAUUGUGUUUCCACCAGCAGCAGCAGUGUUUGGAAACAGCCCAUGUUGGCUCCCCUGCGCGUCGGACCGGGACGCGGAGAAGACCCGGUGUUUAUCACCUUAUGACUGUGUAACUAACGCACAGCGUGAGGGGCUUUCCAAACUCCAUGGCUGUGCCUUCGUUUUAGGCAGAGCCACACUUCCCCCCCCGUCUUCCCCUACUGCCCGAUUUGAACACUUUUCCAAGAGGGGGGAGAGCAGAGUGAAGGACUCCGGGAGAGGGGGGCCUUGGCGGGGGGUGGUGGGGGGGGUGGGAAAAGUUCUUCCAAAAUACCAGCCACUGGGCUCAAUGAUGGGGGACUUUGCAUCCCCCGCUGCCGGACCGAACGGCAGCAUCUGCAUCAACAACAGCGGGGGACUGAACGCGGCCGGGAGUGGCGGGGGGGCUCCCGGUAACAUGGGUAUCCCCAAGCACAGCACCGUAGUGGAGAGGCUCCGGCAGCGCAUCGAGGGCUGCCGGAGACACCACGUCAACUGCGAGAACCGGUACCAGCAGGCCCACGCCGAGCAGCUGGAGAUGGAGCGCCGGGAGACGGUGAGUCUGUACCAGCGGAGCCUGGAGCAGAGAGCCAAGAAGUCGGCCAACACCAAGCAGAGCAGCAAGCAGCAAG